GAAUGUUAGGAAAAUUUUCAGAGCAGGUAGAAAUAAAUGCACCAGCAAUUGAAGUGUGGAAUCUCUAUUCCACUCUUCAAUUUGCAAAAUUUGUUGUUGAAAAACUCCCUCGCAUAGCUGAAAAAGUUGAGUUGGUUGAAGGCAAUGGAGGCCUUGGUUCAAUCCUGCUAGUCAGUACACCUGGUAAUGCUCCAUAUAAAGAGAAAUUUAUGUCAAUCGACGAUGAAAAACAAGUAAAAGAUGUAGAGAUUUUUGAAGGUGGAUUUCUUGAUCUUGGAUUCAGUUUCUAUCUUAUUAAGUGGGAAGUUAUGGAGAAAAGUGAAAAUUUAUCCAUUAUUAAACUUACCCUUGAUUUUGAGACUAAAGAUGCUGAAAAUAUUCAUCUUUCUAUUGCCAAUCUUCAAACCUUUGUGGCCAUUAUGAAAGCUUCUGCAGACUAUUUAGAGCAGAAGAACAAGUAACGGAAUUGGGAAAUAAUCUAACACGAGUUAUUGGGAUUCAUGUAUCUUCAUAUUUUAUGUUGAUUUCCCCUUUGUUACUUUGUGGUUAUAUAUUUCUAUUUCAAGUAUUGUAUUAGGAUGGAUUUAGUACUGGAUGUUACUAUUAUUUUUGGUUAUGAAUAAAAUGUCACAUUGAGUCUU